AUGAGGAUCCAAGCUUUCAUAUUCUGUGGUAGAGGGAGAAAUCUAUCUCCAUUUACAACUAACACGAAUAGUUCUAUUGAAAGCAAUGACAUUGAGAGUACUAAUAAGCUAGGAAAUGAUGGAACCGUUACAUAUCCAAAGGCAUUAUUACCAGUUGGUAAUAGAGCUAUGAUUGAAUAUGUGUUAGAUUGGUGUGAUCAAGCUGAUUUUAAAGAAAUUAACAUUGUAGCAACAGCUGAUGAAAUUGAUAUUAUUCAAUCUUAUCUAAAGAAAAAAUUCUUGAAAUUGAGAGAACAAGAAUUUGAUGUUAUUAGUAAGGUUGUUAGUCAAUCCAAUCACACACACCACUUACGCACACCAGCUCCGAUCAAUUUUAUCAUUUCAAAGGCUUCCACAACUGGUGAAAGUUUGUCUAAUGAAAUUAUCGACAAAAUUAACGGUGAUUUUGUAAUCUUACCAUGUGAUUUUAUCACCGAUAUUCCACCUCAAGUUUUAAUUGACCAAUAUCGUAAUAGAGAUGAAAAUAAUCUUGCGUUAUCUAUUUAUUAUACUAAAUCAAAGGAGCAUAUUGAUAAGAAGCAAAAAACAAAUAAAGAGUUUUUUACCAUUUACAGUGAAAAUGAAAAUUCUGAUAAGCAGCCUGUAUUACUAGAUUGUUAUUCUAAAGAGGGAGUAACAAGAGAUAAAUAUUUACAGAUCAGAACUCAUUUGUUAUGGAAUUAUCCAAAUUGUAUUGUUUCAACAAAAUUAUUGAAUUCUUUCAUUUACUUCUGUUCUUUCGAAUUAUGUAAACUGAUGAGAAAAAACCAACAAUUAGCUGUUAAGAAGAGCAAUAAUAAACAUAAACCAAAUGAAUUAUCUAGCAUUGAUGAUGAUGAUGAUGAUAAUGAUAAUAAAGAAGAAACAGAUUACACUAUGAUAAAGACACGGUAUUUUAAUACAAGUAACCAAUUAAUCAAUGAUCCAAUCAACUUUAAUAAAUCUUUAUCUAAAAUUUUCAGAGAUUUAGCUAGAAGGUCUUGGAAACAUUCAAAACCAAGAGAAACAAUCAGUAUGUUCAUUAUUCCUGAAAACAUUACAACAUUCAUUAGAUCCAAUAAUUUGAAUUCUUAUAUGGAAGCUAACAGAUAUAUAUUAAAAUUAAAAAGUCGUAACAAAACAUUUAGCUCUAAUACAAACUCAUCGGGUGCUGUCAUUGGUAUUGAUUCUUUGGUCGACGACUCAUGUAAAAUUAUGGAAAAAUCUAAUAUUAAAAUGAGUGCUAUAAAUACUAAAUCAUCUAUUGGUAACCGUUGCCGUAUUACUGGCUCUAUCAUAUUCAAUAAUACUACAAUCGAAGAUGAAGUUAUAUUAGAAAAUGUAAUUAUUGGUCCAAAUGCUAAAAUUGGUAAAAAGACAAAGUUAACUAAUUGUUAUGUUGAAGGUCAAUUUAUAGUUAAUGACAAGACUGCUAUCAAAGGUGAGACUUUAAAGAAAUUAUACUUUGAAAAUGGUGAAAAUGAUAAUGACCAAGAAGGUGGUGAGAAAGAUAGUGACUAUGAUGAUGAUGAUGAUGAUGAUGACGACGACGAGAGUGAUAGUGAAGAAGAAUUUUAUGAGGACGAUGAUUUUGAGGAUGAUGGUUUAUUUGAACGUUAA